AAAAAGCUGGAGCUGACGUCACAAGGGGCGUGGCCAAACCCAAUAGAAUUUUGUGUGGCAUUAAUUGAUCACCUGACAGCAGCUUUUAAUAAUUGGUUCAUAAGAUAAAUCUCUUUUGGGUUUAUCAACACAAAAUAAAUGAUUAUUGAGGUUUUCUGUUAAAUUAUGGUUCAUAUCAUUAAACUUACGCGUGGAAAUACCUAAAUAUUUAUAAAGUAACAAGCUAAAGUGGUUAAAAAACUAUUCCAAAUAUGAUAAUGCUAAAAAAAAUAAAAUAAAAUAAAAUAAAAACAAUUGAACAUCAAAAUAUCUCUCCUUGUUUUCAGUGAACCGACCAGCUGCAGGAACUGAAAGUAAAACCUUAUUUAUUGGAAACAUUCAGCCCACGUUCAUUUUGCUUCCUGGUAUCCAGAUCGAACCAGCCUGAUCUGAAAAUGAACUCUGUGGACGAGGAGGACAAAAGUUACGACCCCAGAGACACCACGCUGACAUUUGUGGACUGUCCUGAUGAUCUGGACCCUCUGCCCUCUGAGGGAGACGAGAGUCUGCGCGCGCGGAUGUCCUGCGGUCACGCGGUCACCCCCGAGUCUCUCACUGGGUGGUGUCGGAGCCUGCUGGACCAGGGGAUCUAUGUUUUCAAGUGUCCUGCAUUGAAGGAUGAAGCGCAGUGCAACGCCAUCUGGUCCUAUCGGGAAGUACGUCGGCUGGCGGCGCUGACGGCGGAGGAGAUCGAGUACUUUGAAGAGACCAUCGCCCGCCUGGCUGCCAGGGACUACUGUGACUCCAAAGCCUGUCCUGGUUGUAAGACCUACAUUGAGAGGAAGGACCUGACCAACCUCUGUGUGCAGUGCACAGUGUGCACGUCUGACAAGAAGACGGCGUUCCAGUUCUGCUGGCAGUGUUUUAGGCCGUGGAAAGGGAAGGCUCCUCGCUCCGAUCGCUGCGACAACGACGGCUGCAUCAACCAGGAUCUGGAGCUGCUCAGGACCUGCAAAACCACCACCCUCCCUCAGGUGCAAGGGGUGGGGCCCUGUCCCUCCAUCCGGGCCUGCCCCACCUGCGGUGAAAAAGUGGAGCACGACAGGACCGGCUGCAAGAACGUCAUCUGCAAUCGCUGCCAGGUGGAGUUCUGCUUCGUGUGUCUGAAGAAAACUCGGGUGUGUCUGCAGACGAGCUCCUACUUCAUCCGGUGCAGCGAAGGCAUCGCUCCCAGACAGACCUCCAUCCCCGUGUGGCGCCGGAAAUGAACACACAACUGCUGCUCUUUUCCUUUAGCGUGAAUUUCAUUUUUCUAUGCAUGCAGGACAAAUGCAAUUGGAAAAAUCUGAAAAAGAGAUCGGUUUGUGACUUUAUAUCACUAUCAGGUCAUAUAAAUAAUCUCUAAUUUGUCUUUUUUUUUAAAUAAAUGUUUCUAGAAAAACAUGCUGGAAUUCUCCUCUGAUAAGCUGGUUUGUGCUCUAGUUAGAUUUGAAUCAAGUUGAUUUACAAAUAAAAUUUGACUGAUA